AGAAUUUUUUUUUCCCCGAAAGAGAAUAAAUUCUUUCCUUAUUGUAAAAGAACAAGGAAUUGAAGCGACAAUAUUAUUUUAUUUUAGAAACAAGUAGUAACCAAACUUCUAAUGAGGUAGAGAGAAUUGUGUAUUCACCAGGUGCAGAAUCAUUUUCGAUUACUGAUCUACAGCCCGAUAACUCAAGCCUAUCUACCAUUCAAGAUUCAUCACCUGUUCCCUCUUUCUCUCAAUGGAAUAAUAGCACACCGAUCUUAAAUCCGUUUCAACCACAAGAUCCCUUACUCGCUGCAAUGUCAAUUAAUAGCACCGAAUGCGGUAUAUCGAACGUGAUACACAAUAAUCGUGUCCGCAGGAUUGUAAAUGGUACGCUAAUUUUUCAUAAGGAGAGAGUACGGCGGGGUGAAUGGCCAUGGUUGGCGGCAAUUUUCGUUGCAAACAGAAUCGGUAGUAUUCAGUUUCAAUGUGGUGGAUCCGUUUUAACAACCAAACAUGUUAUAACAGGUACUCUAAAAAAUCGAAGAAAAACAAUUCGAUAUGAAAAGGUAUUUUAUGCAUAUUUACUUUUCCUUUUUAAAGCGGCGCAUUGUUUGAAAAUAAACAGUUUUGACAACGAUACCUUUCCUCCCACCGUGAUACUUGUCAGCGUGGGACGAUUUAAUUUGAAUCGGUUGCGUGAAAGGGAUAGCUUGAAUCGAGAAGUCGCGAGCUACACGAUUCAUCCUGACUUUGCGCAUUAUCUUAGUGCUGACUCCGAUCUGGCGAUUUUGACUCUCAGGACUCCCAUUCAGUAUGGCCCUUUCAUUAGACCUAUUUGCCUAUGGCCCGAAUUCAACUGAUGUUCAACACAUUGUCAGUAAGACUGGGUACGUUGUGGGUUGGGGUCCUGAUGACGAGACAGGUCAGACAUACACUGAGAAUCCAUAGAUG